AUGGACAAGAUGUUCUUGCUGGGUCUCUCUUUAUUCUGCCUUUUGCAAGGUGGGGAGCCAAAACUCGGUAAAAGGACAAAGGAAAUUGUGUGCUCUACCUGUGAAAUAUUUAAAAAAGGUUCCUGUUUGGAAGGUGAAGGUGCCUGCAUUACAAAGGUAUAUAAAGGAUGCAGAAGCCAGUCUUUCUAUACCUACUCUAAAGAGAUUGAAGGGUGGGGAUAUACUCAUGCUAAACUGGAAUGUGUUGAAAAAUGCGGAGAACCUGUAGUCUUCCACCCUUGGUAUCGUUUGGUGAACAUUUGCUGUUCAAACAAAAACCAGUGCAAUAUGGGAUAUUCACUUGCAUGA